AUGACACAAGAUGAUGUCGCCAACUCAAACAUUGUCGCUCUUCUAGCAACUCUACUCGUCCGGUUUGUUGCAGGCCCACUCUGUGAUCGCUAUGGCCCACGCUUGGUCUUCGUGGGACUACUCCUCUGUGGAGCCAUUCCUACAGCCAUGGCCGGUCUCGUCACCGGCCCCAAGGGCCUAAUAGCUCUGCGAUUUUUCGUUGGAAUUCUAGGAGGAACCUUCGUGCCCUGCCAGGUCUGGUGCACUGGUUUCUUCGACAAGAGCAUUGUCGGUACUGCCAAUUCCCUUGCUGGAGGCUGGGGUAAUGCAGGCGGAGGAAUUACAUACUUUGUUAUGCCCGCCAUCUACGACUCCCUAGUCCACUCCAGGGGCCUCCCUUCGCACAAAGCAUGGCGUAUCGCUUACGUCGUCCCAUUCAUCAUCAUCACCUUCAUCGCCUUGGGUAUGCUGUUCCUCUGCGAGGAUACACCAACAGGAAAGUGGUCUGAGAGACACCUUUGGGCGAAAGAGACGAAUACCGACGGAAACAUCGUCGACAUCAACUCCGGCGCUUUCACUAGCGGAAUGACAACCCCCCACAAUGCCGCAACAAUCGACAUCGAAAAGAAAGGCGCCCAGUCACCGCAAGUCCUAGAAUCUGACCCAUCAGCAAUGGGCCAGAUGGACAUCUUCAAACAAGAAACAGUCGUCUCCCCAACUUUCAAAGAGGCCCUCAACGUGGCACUGAGUCUAUCAACCAUGGCUCUGGCAAUCCCCUACGCCUGCUCAUUUGGCUCAGAGCUGGCAAUCAACUCCAUUCUGGGAUCUUACUACACAAAGACCUUCCCACACAUGGGUCAAACAAAAACAGGCCAGUGGGCUGCUAUGUUCGGUCUGCUGAAUGCCGUCUUCCGACCCGCUGGCGGUCUCUUCGGUGACUUGGUCUACCGCUACACAGACAAGGUCUGGUCUAAAAAGCUUCUGAUUACCUUCUUGGGAGUUGCGAUGGGAGCUUUCCAACUUGCGAUUGGAUUGUCGAGCCCGUCCACGGAGGCGUCUAUGUUCGGUCUCAUCGCUGGAAUGGCUUUCUUCCUUGAGGCAUCUAAUGGAGCCAACUUUGCUCUUGUGCCCCAUGUGCAUCCUUUUGCCAAUGGUAUCGUUUCUGGUAUUGUUGGUGGCUUUGGUAAUCUUGGAGGAAUUGUCUUUGCUAUUGUGUUCAGAUACAAUGGAUCAAGUUACGGGCAAUCGAUGUGGAUCAUCGGUGUUAUAUGUUUGGCGGCUAAUUUGGCCGUUUGUUGGAUUCGGCCUGUUCCUAAGAGUCAGAUGUCCUGA